CGGGCGCAGAUUCGUGCAGAGAGCUCAAGAGGAAGACGGUCCUCCUCGUGGCAGCUCGGCCUGGCCGCUACGCCGCCCCCCUCAUCCGACCCCCUUCUGUGCACCGCCAGGGCUGGUCAUUUCGAGAAAAGUUGAUCGGCAUUGACAGUGAAGCGCUGGCUUGGAUCGCUGUGGCCUCGUGACUUCAGGUAAUAGACACUUGGAAGCUCGUAGUCUGCAAUACGAGACAAGGCCAAGACAGAAGUCUCUCCCUCCUCGCUGAUCACAGCGCGCCUGCGCUACCCCUACUUCCGUUGCCACACGCGGCCCCGCAGCGACAGCGGCACGCCCUACGUAAGCCUUCAGCCUGAGCCCAGGAUGUGAUUAGCAGUCCAGAGCGCGAUGUCGACGGCAGACACGAAGUACAAGAAGGGCGAUGAGGUAUACGUGUUCUAUUCCAUGAACAAGCGAUGCCAGCGCCACCGCAAGUACAUGGCAGUGCUGGACCCGCGGCACGGUUCUUUCAGGCCGCGCGUGGGCAUCUCGGAGGGCUGGGUGCCGGCGCGGGUUGCGGCGGACCAGGAGGCCCCGGACAAGGUCCGCAUCGAGUACCGCUGGCCCUACUUUUACACCAUGCGGGGGCAGAUGGCCGACCCUCCCGGCUUCGGGCGGGAGCCCUGGACCGAGCUGUACCCCGCCCCCCACGUGAUGCCCGCGGGCGACCCCGACGAGCGCGGCGCCCCCUUCCGGGCGCUGGUGCCCCCCGGCUCGCAGCCCGAGCUCGCAGUGCUGGCGUUCCGGUGGGGCGGGAUGAACGAGAUCAUCGCGCCAGAGCAGUGGGGCGAAACGGGGAGUUCGGUGUCCGACCUCUUCCUCGAGUCCUUCGUCGACAUGGCGGUGGUGCCGCAGCUCGGCACGGACUACGAGGUGUGGACGGUGUACGUCGAGGACCAGACAGAUUUGGUGAAGCUGGCAGACACGGUCCACCUCGUCUUUGGACAGCAUCACCCGGCCCGGCGAGCCAAGCGCACAGUCGGGAUGUUCUUUCUUUAUCCGACCGGGUUCGAGGAGAAUUGCGUUCCGAAUUAUGAGACCGGGGAGGACCACGGGGCCGCCAUGGUCGACCGGAAGUCGCUCUUCCGGUUGAUGAAGGCAUGCGAGAAGGCAGGCAUUCCCACGCGGUUCCCGCACCCCUCGAAUUUCUACCAGCAGCUCACCUCGAAGGAUUGGACCCACUUGAUGUCGGUUGUGCCGCAUCUGAGGGUGCCUCCUACCGUUGCCAUGCCGCGAAUGCUCGUUGAGCGAAGCUGCAGAGACGCUGCGGAGAAGGGCAUCGCCUCGCUCCGAGCGCUGAAGCGUCACCAGGCCGAGCUCAGGGGCGAGCCUCCAGAGGGUGAGAUCACCAAGGGAGUGGCUAAGCUCAGCUACUCCUGGGAGGCUCUGGACGUCAAGUUCUGGGAAGGACCGCGCGGCCUGGAGGAGGCACUGCACAACCUCACGCAGUUCAUCGAGAUCAGCCAGGAGUUCACUGGACAGCCCCACGACUGUGAGAACAUUAUCGUGCAGGCACCAGCUGUACACCAACGCCGAUCUCGGCCAGGCCGAUCUUGGGGCCAGGAUCGGUGUGCACGCUCUCGUGGGCUAUGAAGGCGUGUGCACCGUUCCCGGGCCCAGGCUCGGAGUGGCCAGAUCGGCGUGUCGGUGCAUAGCUGGCGUCCCCGGAGGAAUUCUGCGAGCACGAUUUGGAGCUCCGGAUGUACGUCGUGGACGGGGUCAUCGAGUCGCAGAUCUUCACAAAGUUUUGCAAGAUCAAGGAGAAUCGGGAGUUCGGCGACUUCAAGCAGACAUUCUCCAAGUCUCAGGCCGCGAAGGACUGGAUGGGCGGUGACCACGCGGCAAUGGACGACGGCGAGAGGCAGUGCCGCGAACUGACAGACCACUGGCUGGCUUGGGCUCAAGCGCAGCUGUGCGAGAUGCCCCCUGCCAUCCGAUUCGACUACUUCGUCGGGCGGAGCAGCGCUGGCGGCGGGAAGGCGGUCGUCUGGACCCUGGAGAUAUGCGAGCUGGGAUUUAGCAUGCUUGGCGAAAGCAAGUUGCCAGCGAAGGUUUUCCAGGCCAUGCUCCAGUCGUGCCUGGAGUGCUCCCAGGCUGAUUCUGCCGCCGACGAGGACCAAGAGCCCGCCAAGACGGGGGCAGAGGGCCCAGCGAGCAAGGGAGCUCCAGACGUAGCGGUGCCCAAGAAGAGCCGAAGGCGUAGGUGAGCAUCGCAGCUUGAGUGCCUCCCUCCUCCCUCCUCCCUCCCCCCUCCUCCCUUGAUACAUCUUACAUGUCUUCGCGCUUCGCUCUCCGAGAUCGUGGUGCCAUGGCUCGCAGCGCCGCCGCGAAGUUGCGGCGCUGCAUGGGGCUGCGUCGUGCAGGUGCGUAGGGGCGGGGCGGAGGCAGGCAGGCUCGCUGGCUUCGUUCGCUUAAGCAAAA